CGGUUCUCUAGCGCUCCUGUUCUCGGAAGUUUUGGGAGAGUGGAUACAGGUAGCGGAGGACACCUGAGGUCUGUUAUAUCCCGGACUCCUCCGCCGCGCACGCGGGACGGACCCUUUCUGCUGCUGCAAACUUCUGGCGGGACCUUCCAGGUGCAGGUGAGAUCUCUGGAAGCCAUCGGAUCGCCAUGCCCAGAGCUUUCCUGGUGAAGAGGAGGACGCCGCCACCUGUGGUCCGCAGCUGGGACGAGCUGCCCGACGAGGAGAGAGCGGACACCUACAUCCCAGACAGUAUUGACUGCAUCUUAAAGUAUGUGACUGAAGACAGCCUGAGUAACAGCAGCAGCAAUGGCGACCCUGUAGGGUACAGUCCUGAGAGGGGCAGCAGUGACUCCAGCCUGACCACCCCCAACCCUGCCGACCAGUGUGAAGAGGAGUUGUCCCCUGAAGCAAAAGGAAGCGGCGAAGAGAAUGUAGAGGAACAAGCCCUGAAUCUUAAGAAAUCAUCCGUCAGAUCCAAGAUUAAGGUCACCUCUGGGACACUCAGCGAGGAGAUUUAUAGCUGUGACAUCUGUGGUAAAGGGUUCCGCUUGCAGCGCAUGCUCAAUCGUCACCUCAAGUGCCAUAACCAGGUUAAAAGGCACCUCUGCACCUUCUGCGGUAAAGGAUUCAAUGAUACGUUCGAUCUGAAGAGACACGUGAGGACUCACACAGGUAUCCGGCCAUAUAAAUGUGACAUCUGCAACAAAGCAUUUACCCAGCGCUGCUCACUGGAAUCUCAUCUGAAGAAGAUCCAUGGGGUGCAGCAAGGCUAUGCAUAUAAGCAGAGAAGGGACAAGCUCUUUGUGUGUGAAGAAUGCGGUUACACCGGACCCUCCCAGGAGGAUUUAUAUUUGCACGUUUACAAUACCCACCCUGGCAGUGCCUUUCUCAGGAAGACCACAAAAAAACUCAAUGCUCUUCUACAAAACAAAAUUCAUUCUGUGCUCCAGGGAAGUCCCGAACCAGAAGAGGAGGGAGAGUGAGACGCACACACAGACUUUUUGUACAGAUGUUUACAAUUCUAUAUUUUUACAGCUAAUUUUAUUAUUUUUACUAUGGCAGAGGGAUAACUACAUUUUAGUACACCAUAUUUAUCAUAAAUGAAUUUCUCAUAGAGGAAACUACUGACUAUUAGCGUAAAAAAAAAGAAAUUAAAAUGGAAAAGUGCUAAAUUUUUUCAU